AAAAUCUUAGCUCAAAUCAAAGUCUCAUACAAGCAUAUAGUAAAAUGAAUUCUCGUAUCCAAAUUGUGUUUUUUGUGGUCACUUUUGCAACAAUUUUGAGUCCUACCAUUGCAAAACUGUCUUCUAAUUAUUAUGACGAAAUUUGCCCACAGGCAUUGCCAAUCAUAAAGUCGGUUGUUAAGCAAGCAAUUAUUCGUGAGCCACGCAUGGGAGCAUCGUUGCUACGUUUGCAUUUCCAUGACUGCUUUGUUAACGGUUGUGAUGGAUCAAUUCUACUAGAUGACACCCCUACCUUCAUUGGUGAGAAGACUGCAAUUCCAAAUAUCAAUUCACUUAGAGGUUUUGAGGUUGUUGAUCAAAUUAAAGCCGCAGUUGACAAAGCUUGUAAACGUCCGAUCAUAUCAUGUGCAGAUAUCUUAGCUAUAGCAGCUCGAGAUUCUGUUGCCAUAUUGGGCGGUCACAAAUAUUGGUACCAAGUGUUACUGGGCAGAAGAGAUUCAAGAUUUGCAAGCAGAGAUGCAGCAAAUAUAAAUCUUCCACCGGCAUUUUUUAACUUCUCACAACUCAUCGCAAAUUUUCAGUCUCAAGGACUAAACCUUAAAGACUUAGUUGUUCUAUCUGGUGGUCACACAAUUGGAUUUUCAAGAUGUACUAACUUUAGAAGCAGGAUCUUCAAUGACACCAACAUAAACACCAAUUUUGCAGCCAAUUUGCAAAAGACAUGCCCUAGAAUUGGCGGCGAUGACAAUUUAGCACCAUUUGAUUCUACUCCUUCAAGAGUUGACACAAAAUACUAUAAGGCUUUGUUGCAUAAAAAGGGUCUCCUUCAUUCUGAUCAAGAGCUUUUCAAAGGUGAUGGUUCUCAAAGUGAUAGAUUGGUGCAACUUUAUAGUAAACAUUCUCAUGCUUUUGCUUAUGAUUUUGGAGUUUCUAUGAUUAAGAUGGGUAACAUAAAGCCACUUACUGGGAAAAAUGGUGAGAUCAGGUGCAAUUGCAGGAAAGUUAACCAAAUAUGAAUGAAGAAGGAUAAAGAUUGAUUUAUUGUUUAAUAUAAAGUUGUGGUAAUGUUUUAUAUUUUCGAUAACUUAUCAAAAUAUGUUGAAUGUUGAGAAUAAGAAUACUAGAUUCAAAACAGGACCUUGAAUAGUCAAGGAGUUAAAGUGAGAUUUUAUAUAUUUAUUUUUUUUAUCAAUAUUAUUAUGUUUUAUUUUUUAGUAACAA